UUUGAUGCAACGUUGACGAGAGACCCCGAAGACCGUCUCCAUCUUUUCCUCUUCCCAUUUUUUCGUUCUCCAAAUAUUGAAAACUAUCAAAAGCUCAGAGAGAAAAGGAAGAACGGACAGAAACAAAAAUAGAAAAUGAUUCACUUUUAUUAUUAUUUUAAUAACAGUUAAGCAAAGCAAAGAGCUGAGUUUGAGUUUGAGUGUGAGUGUGAGUCCAAGGCAGAUGCAACGGGCAGCCGGCGGAAGCAGCGGCGGCGAAGUGAGUCGAGGAGGAGGCGGACUCGGGCGGUUCAGCUCCGCCCCAGCCGCAUGGUUAGAAGCGCUGCUUGAAGAGGACGAAGAGGACCCACUGAAGCCCACCCAGUGUUUGACUGAGCUUCUUGCUGACAACACACCUUGUACGACGGUGGAUCCAGCGUCGUAUGAGGCUGCAGAUGGGUAUCUUAGUCGACAGCAUAGCUCACCGGCUGAUUUUAGUGGCGGCGGCGGGUCGGGGGGAUAUUUCUCGGGGUUUGGAAUUCCGGCCCACCUCGACCUUGUGUCGUCGUCGUCGUUGUCCCCAAACAGCUCUUCUUCCUCUGCUAAUAAGAGGGUUCGGGAGCAGCACCACUUUUCCUCCGACUCACAUGUGAAAGUGGAGGAAGGUGGGUUGGAGGAUUCGGUGAGUUGCAGGGUGAGGGCCAAGCGUGGUUGUGCGACACAUCCCAGGAGCAUUGCUGAAAGGGUCCGGAGGACUAGGAUCAGUGACCGCAUAAGGAAGCUACAAGAGCUGGUGCCCAACAUGGAUAAGCAAACUAAUACUGCGGAUAUGUUAGAUGAGGCAGUGGAGUAUGUGAAGUUUCUUCAGAAGCAGAUUCAGGAACUUUCGGAGGAUCAGCGCAGGUGCAAAUGCAUAGCUAAAGAAUGAUCAGAAGGUACCAGAAAUGCCUCCUACUGUCCUACUGUUUAGUGUAAUUACUAGAUAUAUUAAUUUCAGCCAAGGUUCAUCAUGCUGGUGGCAUGUUGAUAACGAUUCCUAAGAGACUUACCUUGUAAUUCAAGAUACACCAUUUUCUAUGUUGCAUUCUUCUGCAAUAUAUAGAUGUAAGAGUGCCAUACCUAGAUUCCAUGAUUCCGCGCUUAGCUGCUUCCACUUGGAAAAGUUCAAUCGGUAUGAUUUUUGUUGUCGCUUCCAAGGAAACAGAUUAUUAUUGUAGUUGUACAUUAGAAUGGCAAGAUUUUUUUUAUUUUAUUUUGUUAUUAACACGCUUCAUUUAUGCAUCUGUAAUGUUUACUAUCGUGUAUCCGGAUGUUUACAUUCAUAAAGUUUUCUGUUCCGUGAUGGAGCUAUAUAAUUAGUAAAAUCGCUUGUGAAA